AUGACUGAAAAUACUUCAGUGGAAGCUUCCUCUGUGGAUGAAACAUCCCAUUUGAAGGGUACUGAUCAUUUAGUAACAGCUUCUGAAACAUCGAACUCUGGAUCAGUUUAUACAUCAUCAUCCGAUGAUUGUGAUGAUGAUAAUUCUGAGUCUGAUUCUGACGAUUCUGAAUAUGAAAGCAGUGAUAAUGAGGACCUCAUGCAUUAUGAGAGAGCUAUAAAAGAUAUUGCCAAAGGUGAUUUCUAUACCUGUAUGAUUUGCACAAUUGAACUAGACUCUACUAGUAAAAUGUAUGCUUGUUCCCAUUGUUAUAGAGUUUUUGACUACGAUUGUAUACGAGAAUGGGCUGUGAAAUCAUCUCAAAAAUCUUUAGAUAAGGUUUGGAAAUGUCCCAAUUGUAAUCAUACCUCUAAUAAAAUACCUCUGCAAAAUAGGCCAACUUGUUGGUGUGGUAAAACUGUUAAUCCUGAUCCAAAUCCGUUCUAUCCAAAUUCAUGUGGUCAAACUUGUAAUGCAAAAAGUUGUAUUCAUAGGUGUUCCCACUUCUGUCAUUUAGGUCCUCAUCCUCAAUGUCAUAGGACUACAACUAUCCAUUGUGAAUGUGGUAAGCAUACAAAGGAUGUAUUUUGCUAUCUUUUAGACCAUGGAAAAAAUAGGAAUAAGAAAUUUAACUGUGGAGAAAAAUGUAAUAUGACACUUUCAUGUGGUAUUCAUAAAUGUUCUAGAGUAUGUCAUUCCGGCUCAUGUGGUCCAUGCCCUGAAUUAAUUACUAAAAAAGUCAACUGUUACUGUGGUUCAACUACAAUGGAUAAAAUACGUUGUUCCAACGUUAAGAUACAUGAUUCUGGUAAAAAGUCAAAGGAUCAAGAAGGAAAUACAUGGAUUGGUGUAUUUAAAUGUAAUAAGAUCAGAACUGUUGAAUAUGCUUGUAAAAACCAUAGUUUCUUUGAAACUUGUACGUCACCGCCAACUAUUUCUGGUACUAAAAUUUGCCCUUAUUCUCCAAAGUUACUAAAGACAUGUCCUUGUGGUAAAACAAAUUUAGAUGAUUUUGAAAAUAAGAGACAGAAGUGUACAGAUCCGAUUUCGACAUGUGAGAAUAGAUGUGAUAAACCUUUGAAAUGUGGAAAGCAUAAAUGUCCAUUUACUUGUCAUAAUGGCCCAUGCAUGGAUCCGUGUACUCAAAUUGAGUUAAGAAAAUGUAGUUGCAAUUAUAAAGAGUUCUCAGUGCCUUGUCAAUUUCAUGAGAAACCACGUUGUAAUAUGAAAUGUGAAUCGCUGAUGUCCUGUCGCAGGCAUAGAUGUACUAGAAGAUGUUGUUCCGGGAAACCGAUGGCAGAUAAACGUAAAAAAAUGCUGUUUUCGCAAGCUGACCUACUGGAUGAAUCAUUAGUGGAAGCCGAACAUAUUUGUUUGAAAGACUGUAAUUUGAAAUUAUCAUGUGGUAUUCAUAACUGUACAAGGAAAUGUCAUGCUGGCAAAUGCCCACCAUGUUUAGAAAGUGAUUCAUCAGAUUUGGUAUGUCCGUGUGGGAAAACUGUUGUUGAAGCACCUGUUAGAUGUGGUACAAAACUGCCAGAAUGUAUCUUCCCAUGCAUCAAAUAUAUAGAAGGUUCUUAUCCUUGUGGUCAUAAACCAGGUAAUCAUUACUGUCAUCCUGCCGAUAUACCUUGUCCACCAUGUACCGAAGUUGUAUUCAAACCAUGUAAAUGUGGAAAAGAACAAAAGGCAAAGGCAUUAUGUUUCCAGGAAACUGCUUCAUGUGGGAAAUUAUGUGAGAAGAAGCUUGAUGGAUGUCAUCACUAUUGUCAAUUAAAAUGUCAUUUGCCAGGUGAAUGUCAGAAAAAAUGUACGCAAAUCUGUAAUAAGCGAAGGGUAAAUUGUUCGCAUACAUGUGACCAGAAAUGUCAUGGCGAUAGUAACUGUCCAGAUAUUCCUUGUAAGGUUAAAUGUGAAGUAUAUUGUGGAUGUGGUAGAAGAAAAGAAUUACUAUUAUGUGGGGCUACAUCGACAACUCAAUCGGUUGAACUAACAAAGGUUUUACCAUGUGAUGAUGCAUGUUUAAAAUACCAAAGAUUAGAAGAAUUAAGAAAUGCAUUUGGUAUGAAAUCUUCCUCAGAAGAUCCAGAAUCAGAAUUGGAGAGACUUAAAAAAAUUGUUGAGAAGGUAACCUCAUAUGAAGAACUUGAAUUGCCGUUUAGUGAAACCGUAUUAUCGGUAUAUUCUAAGCAAACUAACUGGUGUAAUCAAAUAGAAGAACUUAUUAACAAGUUUGUAAAUGAUAAGAAUAAGCCGAGCUUACAUUUUAAACCAAUGCCUGCACCUCAGAGGAAUUUUAUACACGCAUUAGUUGAAGCCUACGAAAUGUAUUCUGAAUCACAAGAUAGAGAACCAAAGAGAUCAGUUUACUUAAAAAAGAACAAAUAUACCAGAAUUCCUAACAUUUCUUUAGAAGAAGCGUUGCCUCUAUAUCAAUCUUAUAAAAAAAUAGAGAAGGAAAGAAAGGUACAAAGUUUUGAAUCAAAGAAGAAUGUCACAUAUUUAAACUACCAACCACCAGAAAGGUCAUUGACACCUGAUGUUAAAUAUAAUGGCUUUUUGAUUAAAGGGAUCACCUUUGGGACAACAACAGAUGAUCUCAAUACACUCUUUGGUGUUCAUUUGAAACCCACCUUAAUUAAGGAUGCCCAGUAUUCAAUAUUGCCUGAUGGUAAGUCGGCUAUUGUUUACCCAAAGGAUUAUCUGACCAUAUCAGAAAAUGUCGAAAGGGACAUUGAAUCAUUGGCUGGUCAUUUUGAUUAUAUGACAAAGGAAGCAAUGUUGGGUGAGAGUGUAGAAAUGUGUAAUAUAACAGAUAUAUUACAAACUGAAUCAGCAGAACCUAGCGAAGAAACUACUACAGUCUAA